CAGAGACAGAGGGUGCAGAGCUCACAGCAAAACAAGCACAGCCUCUUCUGAUAAAGGAUGCUCGAGUCGUCUAACAGCGACGCCAAAUAUGCCAAGAUCCGCUAUGACUUUGUGGCCCGAAACGCCAACGAGCUGACAGUCCAGAAGGGUGAGGUGUUGCAGGUGCUGGAAAGUGAAAAGCAGUGGUGGCUGCUGAGGAACCGCAGCGGUCAGCUGGGCUAUGUGCCCUGCAACGUGCUGGAGGAGGUCAAAGCGGGAGAGCCGCAGUAUAACCGUGCUGCGCUCUUCAACAGCCAGGCAGCGAAUCCAUACAAAGCUAGCUCUCCCCCUGCUUCGGUAAAUCAUGGAGAGAGUGUGGAGAUGAACAAAUCCUCGUGGGACAAAGACAACCGUACCCAGCAGAAGGAGAUGAAUGAUGAGCUUCUGAAGAGAAUUACAGACAGCAGAGCUCAGACUCCUGCUCGCAAUUUCCGGGUGGAACAUUCUGUCAGAACGGCUCCCAUCACCUACCAGUCUCAGCCCUACGAGGUCCAUGCCUGGCUCAAUGCCAAGGGCUUCUCCAGGCCGGUGGUGGACUGUCUGGGUAUUCUGACUGGAGCACAGCUCUUCUCUCUGAGUAAGGACGAACUUAAGGCAGUGAGUGGUGACGAGGGCUCUCGGGUCUUUAGCCAGAUCAGCGUGCAGAAGGCCCAGAUAGAGAGCAACAGUGGCGACUCUGAGCUGGAGGAAAUCAUGAGGCGACGGCAGCAGGAGGUGGACGCUUCUACUUGGGACUGAUUGCCUUCAAUCUGCCUGUCAAUCAAAA